UGAUUGUUAGGCCUAAUUGUAUCUUGGAGCGUCUCGGAAUUAUGGCGCUCGUUUGACAGCUGUUGAAUCUUGUUUGAACGUAAAAUGUGGUCUCUUUGGAAUCACAGAGAAGGCGGAGUGUUUCACAAGUUGCUCUGCAACACUGAGUACCAAGUGGGCCGGAAGGACACGGCAAUUGUUAUCAAGGACGAUCAAUCUGUGAGUCGACAGCACGCAGUGCUCUUGACAUCCGCUGUACUGAGCGACAAAGUUGAAGACAUCGCUGUGAAACCCUUGCUUCGUGUAAAAGACUUAGGGUCAAAAUACGGGACAUGGGUAAACAAUACGCGUCUACAGAAAGACGAAGAGAGGAUGUUACAAAAUGGAGAUGAAAUAAAAUUCGGUCAGCUGAGUAGCUCAUACGAAGUUCGUUACGAAGAACCCUUAGUUGUUACGUCAUCUUGUCUGAGACCCGACCGAAAGAAGCUUCUCAAGGAUAACCUCGCGAAACUUGGCGGCCGUUUGCUCCAAGAAUGGACGCCAAGAUGCACCCAUCUGGUAAUGGACAGUGUGACGCUCACCAUAAAAACUGCUUCUGCAUUACUCGCUGUAAAACCCAUAGUAACUCCGGCAUUCAUUGAGGACACCGUCAAACGUAUCCAAGAAGGCGUGUGGGAACCCUUGAAUCCCUCCAAUUACAUUCCAAACAUAGACGAGCACAUGCUAAGGACUGAGAAACAAUCUUUCGACCGAAAUCCAGCACGGCAAACGCUUUUCAGUGGAAAAGUGUUUUAUUUCUUGGACAAGGUGCAGUACAAAAAGUUACACAUUGCCCUCGCCUCCGGCGGUGCAAAAGUAAUUCUCGACGAAGGUGAGGGAGAACCGAAGGAUGUCUACACAGACUGCAGUGCGUGCGUGAUGAGACCCCCGGAAGGCCACGACCAUCCCGUAACACAGUUUCUCGCAAAGAAGGGCCUGAGAGUCAUUCCGGAAUCAGACGUCGGUCUGGCCGUUGCCUACUGCUCGACGGAAAAGUUCUGCAACCCUCGCUCUACGGCAGCGAGCAACUUCUGGCGGAACACCACUCUCGAUACGCAGAGCUUCACACAGGGCUUCACGCAGGGCGAUGUAUAUGUUGCAGAAACAGAGCUGUCAGAGAUGCCAGGAGCGACAGCUUCACGGAGCUCGAACAUCACAACACGCACCAUUCCUGAAUCUAAGCCCUCCACAUCUACGGCGGCAGUGAGCGACAUUACUGGCGGCAGCACAGUUGGGACAACCAUGAAACAAUCGUUUUUUGUAACCCCGAAUGCGAACGAAGCUUCACCAAAUAAAUCUACGCCCAGCACAGCGCAGUCUCUAAUGUCGCCGUCAAAGAGAAAUGGAAGAUCACCCUCGAAAAUACGGAAAAAAGAUGCAGUGGGCACAAUUCCUCUUCAGUUUUACUUUCCUAAAAAGCGCCAGAACGACGACAGUAGGGUCGACUGCCCAGCUGAAAAGGUUGCGCGUCUCAUUCUCGACGACGAGGGCGACGACGACGUAAUGGAUAAACCCGAGACACGGCCGCCUCCAGCGGAGGUUGAGAUGGCGGAGGUUAAACAAGAACCUGUACUGGCGGAAGCUAACCACGCUUAUGAAAGCAAACCUGCAAGAGUCGAAAUACCCCAGACUGUACUGCCUGAGGAUUUUCACGUCGAAGUUUUGGAGCCCAUGGUCUGCAAGCAACGUUCUGUCGUCCCCCUGCAAACGGCAGAUGGACCAAAUUUUAAGCGUUUCAGAAAGGCACACCAGAUUAACGUCACGGGGUUGCCACAAUUUAUUCGAACGACGACGGUGACUGCACCGAUGUCUUGGCGCCCCAGCGGGGAAGAUGAGGAUGAUGGCGUUUGUUUCGGUGAACCUCCGCAGACGAAGAGGCGGCGACAAUGAAACUGACUCUAGUGAAACUAGUCACAGUGCCUUUAUGUUUACUGUUCUAUGUGCAGCCUAUAUGGAUGUUGCCUAUAAGAUUUAUUGAGUAGUACGAGGCCAAUAGUUCAUAUAAGGUAACUGCUUUCCCUGUUGUUGAAGAGAUUUACGUGCAUUAUAAACAUUGCUCAUGUUUGCAACAGUACAAUAAAUUUUUUUAUGCACGCCCUGUGCUAUGGACCA